AUGGCUGCUGGUAGACAUGGUCGUUAUCACGAAAACGAGUUUAAGGAUCAUGAGUCCAAUUUGGAAGUUAAUAGGCGCGGGUUUUCGAUUUCGAAAGAGUAUGAUCGGGUUAGGAAUGGUGGUCAUGAUGAUGUCAGGAGUGGGAGUAGAGAUUCCAGAGAUAAGAUUAGGAUGAGGCAGAAGGGUGUUAAUGAGAGAGAAGCUGUUGUUAAUGGAAGUUACCGGUCAGCUUCCAGCCGGAGUGACUCCGGCAGCAGUGGCAGCCUUGGCCCUCGUCCCUGUGGUUUUUCUGCAAAGGCAAUUGAUAGAGAGCCUGGUGAGCUUUCCAGUGAGAGCGGGUCUGAUGGUGCUACUGAAUCUGAGACUGGGGUGAAAGAAUGUGAGGUUGCUGUGUUUGAAGGGAAGAGGUCACAGUCACCUCCUCCCCAGGAGAGGAAAAGGAAAUUUUCACCCAUUGUGUGGGAUCGGGAUGACAAGGAGGUUAAGGGUUCAUCUAAAGUUAGGGUUUCCACUACAACCGUGAUUGCUCUCCCUCCUCUGCCUCAGUUGUCAAAACCGUCUGUUCUGUCUCCGAAUGCUUCUUCUGGUGAAGUUCAAAUACGUUCUGUUGGGAACAGAGAGACUGGGGAUCUUGAAUUGCCCGCAGAAGCUCAGGUUACUGUUCCUUCUCCUUCCAGAUUGCAAUCCUUGUCACCAAAAGAGACUUUGGGUAAUGAUCAGGAAGCUGAACAACCAGAAGGUGAAGAUUAUGUUUCAACUCGUAAUAUAUCAUCUUCUAGAUGGGCAGCAGGAGAUAACUCUCCUGUUGACGAGGGUGAAAUUCUCUAUGAUGAGGAAAUGCCUAAAAGGAAGAGGAGGCUAACUCCUGAGUUGUUGGAGACUAGAGUGAGGAAUAAGUUAUUGAGCCCCAGUGAUUCUAAAAUAGGUAGUUUUGAAGGAGCUAGAGCCAAAUCAUCUGAUUCGGAAGAAAGAAGUGUUAUUCAUGGGAGAACGUCUAGUGGCGAUGGACAUCCUGGUAUUGAAUCAGAAAAGGAUGACUAUAUGGACAUUGAUGUUCGAGGUACGAAAAGUGACGCCAGUAUUAGUCACUCCGGUACAGAAUCUGAAGAUGACGAUGAUAGGCAGGAGACUCCAGAACCUCCAGCUCAACCUCAAAGAACUGUCAACAUGCUUCAGGGUUGUAGAAGCGUGGAUGAGUUUGAGAGACUUAACAAGAUCGAUGAAGGAACAUAUGGUGUUGUAUAUAGAGCUAAAGAUAAGAAGACGGGGGAAGUUGUAGCAUUAAAGAAGGUCAAGAUGGAGAAGGAAAAAGAAGGUUUCCCACUGACUUCUCUUAGAGAAAUAAACGUUCUUCUCUCUUUUCACCACCCAUACAUAGUUGAUGUCAAGGAAGUAGUGGUUGGAAGUAGCCUUGAUAGUAUUUUCAUGGUUAUGGAAUACAUGGAACAUGACCUCAAAGGAUUAAUGGAGUCAAUGAAGCAGCCGUUUAGCCAAAGUGAAGUGAAGUGCUUAAUGAUCCAACUUUUAGAAGGUGUGAAGUAUCUUCAUGACAACUGGGUACUUCAUAGGGAUUUGAAGACUUCAAAUCUUCUUCUAAAUAACAGGGGUGAGCUAAAAAUUUGUGAUUUUGGGUUGGCUCGUCAAUAUGGGAGUCCUUUGAAACCAUAUACUCACCUGGUGGUUACUCUUUGGUACAGGGCACCUGAACUUCUUCUUGGGGCAAGACAGUACUCAACAGCUAUUGAUAUGUGGUCUCUUGGUUGUAUAAUGGCCGAACUAUUGUCUAAGGAACCACUGUUCAAUGGAAAAACAGAAUUUGAUCAACUUGACAAGAUUUUCAGGAUACUUGGCACUCCAAAUGAAGCAAUUUGGCCAGGCUUCUCAAAAUUGCCCGGAGUCAAGGUCAAUUUUGUCAAGCACCAGUAUAAUCUUCUGCGUAAAAAGUUUCCUGCCACGUCAUUCACUGGAUCUCCAGUUCUUUCUGAUUCUGGAUUUGAUUUGUUGAACAAGCUUCUAACUUAUGACCCUGAAAAGAGGAUCACGGCUGAAGCCGCUCUCAAUCAUGAAUGGUUUCGUGAAGUUCCUCUUCCCAAGAGCAAAGAAUUCAUGCCUACAUUUCCCGCUCAACAUGCUCAGGACAGGCGGAUGCGUAGAAUGUACAAGAGUCCAGAUCCUUUAGAGGAGCAGCGACGGAAGGAGUUGCAGCAGGGUGGCUUGGGCACUGGUGGAGUUUUUGGUUAA